AAUAAAUAAAGUAAACAACCACACCGAAAAAAAUUAAACCUCUUCACAGACUGAAAUCAUGGGGAAUUUGUUAAUUGUUUUAAUUAUUUUGAGGUUUCUGUUGGUGCUUUCACCCCAGAUUGGUUAUAUCCACCCUGAUGAAUUUUUUCAGACUAUCGAAAUUGCAGCAGGUGAUAUUCUGAACACAGAUGUAUUUAGAGCUUGGGAGUUUAAUUCAACCAUGCCACUGAGGAGUAUUUCUUUUCCAUAUAUCAUUGGUGGACUGCCUUUUGUUGCGUUAAAAUACCUCCAAGACAAUUCAUACAUCAACAUCACUUCCUAUUGGCUGUUGGUACUACCACGAAUCUGGAUGACAGUACUGUCUCUAAUUACUGAUUAUUCUGUACAUGUCAUGAGUAAAACAUUUGAGUUCGAUUCCAACCUGGCAAUGAAAAUAUAUGCCAGUUCGUACAUUACUCUCGUGUACAUGACCAGAACUUUUUCAAAUUCAUUGGAAUCAGUUCUCUUGGCCGUAUUUUUUAUUGUACUUCUAAAAAUCACAGUGGUGCCAGAAAAUAAACGUAAGGAAAGCAAAUCCAAAAAUGAUCAAAAUCCACAUUUGAAACCAUUAUCAGAAUGUUCUGUUUUUUUCAUGGGAAUCUUAACAACUGUUGGUAUAUUUAAUAGACCCACAUACUUGUUAUUUCUUCUCUUACCUGCAGCAUUAUGGUUUUUAAUACUCAUCAAGCCAAUGUCGUUUCCAUUUGUCGUCAACCAUCUUUUAAAAAUUACGAUUAUGGGAGUACUAGGUGUCCUAAUUGCCUGCACUUUCUUUGUUGGUGUUGAUACGCAGUAUUAUCGACCGGAUACAAUUAAAAACAUUUUUUCUGAGUCAUCAUUAUGUAUGAACAAUGAUUUCAUUCAGAUGUUCCAUUGUUUUAAAGAUUUAUUUUUUACUUUAAUCAUUGCACCGUACAAUUUCCUGUUAUACAAUACCAAAAGUGAGAAUUUAGCCAAACACGGACUUCAUUCCCGAUUUCUGCACAUCUUGGUGAAUCUUCCAUUAUUAAUAGGACCUCUGAUUCUGCCGAUAUUUUACACUGUGAUUUCCAUGAUUUUAUCGGCUGUUCGAGAGAAAUUUAAGACAGAUAUAAGGAUUGUGUAUCUGGCAAUCGUGUUUAUAUCCCCUGUUUUGUUAUUAUCUAUUUUUGUACAUCAAGAACCAAGAUUUUUAAUUCCAAUUGUUCCUGUAGGUUGUGUCCUAGUUUCAGGAAUUCUCGGAACAAAGAAGGGAAGAAAGUUGUUAUGGAGUGUUUGGAUCGUCUUCAAUGUGCUCAUGACAUUAUUCUACGGAUAUUUGCAUCAAGGUGGCAUUGUUCCAUCCCUCCUGGAAGCCAACGAUGAAGUAGCAAUUUCCAAACAACCCACAGACCAUUAUUUAGUAUUUUAUAAAACAUAUAUGCCACCUAGAUAUUUGGUAACGUCUAACAGAAUUAAAGUAAUUGAUUUUGGAAGUUCUUCACUGAACGAAUUGUCUAAUACUAUACAUGAUUUACGAUCAAGAUCUGCUAAUAGUUCCAUUCAGGUUUUUGCACCUGCAACAGUAUUUGAUGAAUUAAAGCCACACCUGACCACAGAUUUCAAAAUGGAUCUAAUUUGUCCACAUCUAUCAACAGAAAAUCCACCUGACUUUAUGAAGAUCAUCAAAACAUUCGAUAAAAUUAACCAGCAUUUAUCAGAACUAUGCAUUCAUAUCAUUGUGUUAGGAAAAAACUAAAUAAUUCAAAAAUCCCCUGUCAACAGUGAAUAAUGCAAAAUGGUAUAACUUUCGGUUUGACUUGAUAUAAAGGAGGUAAUUCCAUUGAAUGAUGCCAAAAUUACUGAUAUGGAGGCAGACCACUAUUAAAUUUCACCAUCUCGGUACCUACAAA